AUGUCAGGCGUCCAGACCGCUGCACCACCCGCUGCAGGCCCUCACAGCUAUGCUGAAGUGGUGGCAGCUCCUCCUCCUGCCAGCAGCAGCAGCAACAGAGGCGCAAGGGGUUCCAGCGGACAACAUGUCGACAAGCCCAUCCUGGGCUUCCUGAAGCUGCAAAACCUACACCACUACCUGCGCUUGCGGAAGGGCCUCCAGGUCACUGACCAGCUCUCAGCUGAGCUGGGGGUGGAUCUCAACGUGAAGAAGCAGACCUACCUCCCGCAUGCUGCACUCUCUUACGAGCUGCGGGGCAAAGCGGGUCAGAAGAUUGCGAUGCUGCGCGCAACGCGUCAGAGCCUGUUCAUCCGUAAGACCUUUGCCAUAACUCCGCCCAGGGUCUCCUUCAACCUGCACACCACUGCCGGCGUGUCUUACAAGGGCCAGCCCGAGUUUGCUGUGGAUGUGGACAACAUCAAGCCCAAGGGCCUGGUGGCGGUUGCGGCUGUGGCCAUGCUGCUGCUGGGCAAGCCCCUCUCUGGCAGCCGCGGCUUCGGCGGCCUCCAGUUCACCCUGCCCAAGACCGGCACCUGCACUGCAAAGGCUGAGUCCAAGGCGAUGGUGGAGCGGAACGGAAAGGGAUUGACGCUGUCCGUGAAGCAGAUCAAUGGGGUGCUGCGCUUCUGAACGGUUCACGAAGAUGCACUGUGUCUCUGGUUGUGCAUGGGAGGGAAGAAAUGUGCCACUGCUGCAUGGCCUGGCCUACAUUUCUUUCUUCAGUGCUGUCCUCGAAUUGCUUAUGUAGCAGAUUGCAAGAAUUGAAUGGAGGGGUACAAGGGGGUGAAUAAGCAGUCAUCCGAGAGGGAAAGGAGAAAUUGAGUGUUCUGAGCAUCCAGCCUAAGAGAGCAAGUCGGACAACCGUUCUCAAGGAUGAGACUAUCGACCUGCAGCAUCAGUAUUGUGAAAGGCAAGUGCUAAACAUGGCAUUCAAAAAUCUUGACUUUGUAUGCUGUAUAUCUUGAAAUGCUGCAUUGCAAAACUGUUUUCUUGCUUUGUAAUGAUCUUGAAUAU